AUGGCUGAAAAGCCGUACAGCGGCACCGCCGACGACUACAGUCGAUAUGGCGGUGCAUCAACGCAGGUCGCCCAUUGCGGUGUGGAUGAUCCCUAUAUGUCAAAGCCUGCUCCUCUCGGCGUUCAGGAUGGUUCUUCGUCUGAGCCUGUCGCACCGUGGUGGAAUCCUCACAAGUGGUCGCUGCGCACGAAGCUCAUUGCGGGUGCGGUGAUUGUCGCGGCAAUUAUUGGUGCUAUCGUAGGGGCCGUAGAGGGAACGAGGGCCAAUCGGUACCCCGAUUAUUCAAGGCUUGACUACAGAUUGUUGGAUACAUACUCGGGGACGACGUUUCUGGACAAAUUCAAUUAUUUCUCGGAUGCGGAUCCCACGAAUGGAUUUGUGCAAUACGUGGAUAGGAUAACAGCUGGAAAGCUGAAUCUGACCUAUGCUACGGAAUCAUCUGUCGUGCUGAGGGUGGACACAUCUACAGAGUCAGCCAGGAAUGGCAGACGGUCUGUUCGACUGGAGUCUAAGAAUGCCUACGACACUGGCCUUUUCAUCUUCGAUAUCCUCCAUACGCCGUAUGGCUGCGGGACGUGGCCCGCGCUGUGGCUUAGUGAUACGUACAAUUGGCCACUGAACGGCGAGAUUGAUGUCGUGGAGGCGAAUAACGGAGGCACCGAAGGGAACGCAGUAACUCUGCAUACGACACCCGGUUGUAACAUGAGUGCCAAACGGAAACAGACAGGGCAUGCGCUGUACCAGCAGUGUGACAAUAGCACUCACGGCAAUGCGGGCUGUGGCGUCCAAGGACCACCUGCCACUUAUGGCCCAGAGUUCAAUGACAACGGGGGAGGUGUUUAUGCUUUGGAGCUCCGCACUGCUGGCAUCCGAGUUUGGUUUUUCCCCCGAGGUUCGGUACCAAACGACGUUUCAGAUAACAUCCCGGACCCAUCGACCUGGGGAACUGCAUUGGCAGACUUUCCCAAUACCAACUGCGACAUUACGUCCCAUUUCAGCAACCAGAGUAUCAUUGCCAAUAUCGAUCUAUGUGGCCAGCUGGGCGCACAGCCUCAGUUCUACACUCAUUUAUACAACUGUCCGGGCACAUGUAGCAGUUUUGUUGCGCGCAAUCCUGCCAGACUUACCGAGGCUUACUGGGAGUUUAAGAGCUUCAAGGUCUAUCAGGCUCAGUAG